GUUAAAUAAGCACAAGCUUCUACAAGCGCAGGCCAUCCAUCGAAGGACUCGAAUCGUCUAGUAGCACAAUCAAGUGUUGUUCAUGAACUCCUUCAAGUUAAAGAUGUUACCUUUCUGGUUAUGUUCUCGCGCAAUCCCUUUUCCUUCUUGAGAGAGCUUUUUGUUCCGUGCUGGGGGACACGUGUGCAAAUUUUCAAUUGCUGGGUCUCAAUUUCUGAGAUUUUCAGAAAAAAUAAAAAUAAAAAAACCCUUGAAUUUGGGGGCUUUGGAUUGAAUAGAAUUUGUUGUCUUGGUUGAUUGUAAAUUUAGUGGCCAUUUUUGCUAAAGUUUCAAUUUUGGAAUUGCACAACUGAAGCUCAUAUACGGGGGUGGAGAGAAAUUUGAAGGGAUUGGAUUUUGAGAAAUGGGGAAGCCUUUGUUUUAUGAGAUCUUGGAAAAACCAGCCACGAGUUGCAUCAUAGGAAUAUGUAGUGCUAUUUGGUUCUAUAUACAGAAGAAAAAUAUUGGGUAUUCACAUGUGGGUCUGAGUUAUGAAACUGCUAUAGAAGGGCAUUAUUGGAGGAUAAUUACCUCUGCAUUUUCCCAUAUAAGUGUUAUUCAUCUUGUUUUUAAUAUGAGUGCACUUUGGAGUCUUGGGGUGGUAGAGCAGCUGGGUCACUUAGGUCUUGGUGUUGAGUACUACUUGCAGUACACACUUGUGUUGGUUGUUUUAUCAGGGGUGUUGGUGCUGGCAAUGUAUCAUUUGUUGAUUCAAAGAUUCAAGCUUGAGUAUUUUCGUCGAGUGACGGCUGUUGGGUAUUCCUGUGUUGUUUUUGGGUGGAUGACGAUUCUUUCUGUGAAGCAACCAUCAUCCAAGUUGGAUCUCUUUGGAUUUCUCUCGCUUCCUAUCAGUUUUGCGCCGUUUGAAUCGCUUAUUUUCACUUCAAUUAUUGUUCCUCAGGCAAGUUUUCUUGGCCAUUUAUCGGGGAUUGUUGUUGGUUAUGCUAUAGCAUGGGGUUUGAUUCAUGGGAUGACCAAUUACUGGGCAGUUUCCUUGUUGGGUUGGAUUGUGCUUGUCUUUGUUUUGAGUCUGAAGAGAUCAGGUGCACUUGACCUAAACUUUCUUGAGAUUGAAUCUGUUACUGAUCCUUCCUUACCGUCUGUACGGUUUUUGGCAUCAGGCAAUGGUAGAACCCUGCAGAUGAGUGCAUUGCCAAAUGGAAAUGUUGAAAUUGUCUAAUGUUAAACUGAUAUAUCAUUGUGAUAUCAGAUGUUGCCUUGACACAGUUGAUAUUAAUAGCAAUAUGAUUCCAAUUCUUACACUAUAGAAUUUGUUCAAAGCUUCAGUAAUAUUGUUUUCAGAGUUUGCAUCUUUAGUUAUGAGAUAAUGAAUGUUCUCUGUUGCUGUAAUGUUGGAAGUGAUACUGCUCAUCGCAAACACGCUGCUACUUUUUGCUCUGUUUUAUUUGUGUGGUAGCACCUGAUUCUGUUGUGCUCAAGAUCAUAUAAAGAUAUAUUAUUACCAUUUUAGCAUAUAAAUAGAAAU